AUGUCCGAGGACUGCAUCGAUACCCCGCUCACCAUCACAGCAAACGUGAUCUCGCUCCUGACCUUCGUACUGGGAAUCCUAGCCUCGUACCUGACCUUCUACACGCUCACGCGCAGCGCCCUUGGCGAGAUUGAAGCCUUGAAGCUCGAUGUCGACUCCACCCGAGUCCAGCUGCACUCUGUUCUCGAGUGCUGCUCCGACGAAGCCUGCCUCGGCCCGGUGCGGAUCCACGAUCCUCACGGCACCCUCGGGAAGUCCGUCCAGGCUUUGGAAAACAUGCUAGAGAGUCUGAGUCGGGAUCUCGAAAGGCUGCAGCAAGAGCACGAGGCGAAGGGGGUAUGUUGGUGGGGGCGAGAGGAGGUGUGGAAGAGGCUGAGCUGGGUGCGGAAGAGGAAGCAGCUUUCGGGGCGGAUGGCGCGGAUUCGGGCGUUGAAGAUGGAGGUAUAUGUUGGGCAGAUGAAUCUUUUGCUGAGGAAGAUGGCGGCUCAAGAGCAUGGUUUCUAUACCCAGUACGAGAGGGUCUUCAGGCAAGGUAACAUUGAGCAGAUGAAUUCCUGA